GGUCCACUCUUAGCACGCGACUCAAAGUAGUCGCUUAAGACGUCGCAAACCCCAGCGGUCGUCGCCGAAACCUACGACGAUGCAGACUCUUGCCGGCCAGCGCGUGGCCGCGCCCGUCCGCCAGGCGGAGCGUAUGGCUGUUGCCUCUACCAGCCGCCCCAGCAGCGCGCGUCCUAUCGUCAUCAAUGCCGCGUCGUUCGGUGUCAAGAAGACCGCGAACCAGCUGCUGCGUGAGCUUGCUCGUGGCUCCGCACGCAAGUCCACCUCGCGCUCGGCUGUUACUGGUGCCACUGGUGCCACUUGCGCGCUGGACAUCGUGAUGGUUGCUGCUGAGGUCGCCCCUUGGUCCAAGACCGGCGGUCUGGGCGAUGUGACUGGUGGCCUGCCUAUUGAGCUGGUCAAGCGCGGCCACCGCGUCAUGACCAUUGCCCCUCGCUACGACCAGUACGCUGACGCCUGGGACACCUCGGUGGUCGUGGACAUCAUGGGCGAGAAGGUCCGCUACUUCCACUCCAUCAAGAAGGGCGUGCACCGCGUGUGGAUUGACCACCCCUGGUUCCUGGCCAAGGUCUGGGGCAAGACCGGCUCCAAGCUGUACGGCCCCCGCUCCGGCGCUGACUACCUGGACAACCACAAGCGCUUCGCCCUGUUCUGCAAGGCCGCUAUUGAGGCUGCCCGCGUGCUGCCCUUCGGCCCCGGCGAGGACUGCGUCUUCGUGGCCAACGACUGGCACUCCGCCCUGGUGCCCGUCCUGCUGAAGGACGAGUACCAGCCCAAGGGCCAGUUCACCAAGGCCAAGUCGGUGCUGGCUAUCCACAACAUCGCCUUCCAGGGCCGCAUGUGGGAGGAGGCUUUCAAGGACAUGAAGCUGCCCCAGGCCGCCUUUGACAAGCUGGCCUUCUCGGACGGCUAUGCCAAGGUUUACACUGAGGCCACCCCCAUGGAGGAGGACGAGAAGCCCCCGCUGACGGGAAAGACCUACAAGAAGAUCAACUGGCUGAAGGGUGGCAUUAUCGCCGCCGACAAGCUGGUGACUGUGUCGCCCAACUACGCGACCGAGAUCGCUGCCGAUGCCGCCGGCGGUGUGGAGCUGGACACCGUCAUCCGCGCCAAGGGCAUUGAGGGCAUUGUGAACGGCAUGGACAUUGAGGAGUGGAACCCCAAGACCGACAAGUUCCUGUCUGUGCCCUACGACCAGAACAGCGUCUACGCCGGCAAGGCCGCCGCCAAGGAGGCCCUGCAGGCCGAGCUGGGCCUGCCUGUGGACCCCACCGCCCCCCUGUUCGCCUUCAUCGGCCGCCUGGAGGAGCAGAAGGGUGUGGACAUCAUCCUGGCCGCCCUGCCCAAGAUCCUGGCCACCCCCAAGGUGCAGAUCGCCAUCCUGGGUACCGGCAAGGCCGCCUACGAGAAGCUGGUGAACGCCAUCGGCACCAAGUACAAGGGCCGCGCCAAGGGCGUGGUCAAGUUCUCGGCGCCCCUGGCGCACAUGCUCACCGCCGGCGCCGACUUCAUGCUGGUGCCCUCGCGCUUCGAGCCCUGCGGCCUGAUCCAGCUGCACGCCAUGCACUACGGUACCGUGCCCGUGGUAGCCUCCACCGGCGGCCUGGUCGACACCGUCAAGGAGGGCGUCACCGGCUUCCACAUGGGCGCCCUGAACCCCGACAAGCUGGACGAGGCUGACGCCGACGCCCUGGCCGCCACCGUGCGCCGUGCCAGCGAGGUGUUUGCGGGCGGCCGCUACCCCGAGAUGGUGGCCAACUGCAUCAGCCAGGACCUGUCCUGGUCCAAGCCCGCCCAGAAGUGGGAGGGCCUGCUGGAGGAGGUGGUGUACGGCAAGGGCGGCGUGGCCACCGCCAAGAAGGAGGAGAUCAAGGUGCCCGUUGCCGAGAAGAUCCCCGGCGACCUGCCCGCCGUGUCCUACGCCCCCAACACCCUGAAGCCCGUGUCCGCCUCCGUGGAGGGCAACGGCGCCGCCGCGCCCAAGGUCGGCACCACCGCCCCCGCCAUGGGCGCGUGGCGCGCGACCACCCCCUCGGGCCCCUCGCCCGCCGCCGCCACCCCCAAGGUGACCACCUACAAGCCCGCCCUGCCCGCCACCGCCAAGCCCAAGACCGCUGGCCUCAAGCUGGCCGGUGAGGCCUCCACCACCUCGACCUCGGAGAACGGCGCUGCCUCCAACGGCAACGGCAACGGUGCCUCGGCCUCCAAGACCUCGGCUGCCAAGCCCCUGGUCUCCGCCGCCACCCGCAAGUCCGCCUAAAGCGGCAGUAGCCGCAGAGGCGGCGACAGCAUGAGCGGCUCGACCAAAGCUGUGGCAGGAACGGCUGUAGCAGCGGCAGGCGGCCGCCACCGGCGAGGAGCAGGCUUGCGGCAGCGAGGGCGAUGAGCUUAGCGGCCGUGAGCAUGGCAGGCGGAAACGUGUGUACUGAAAUGUGGUGCAUGAGAGUGUCGUGCUGUAAUGAAGUCGGUUUUGCGAGACCGGAGAAACGCCGGUUUGGUUUUGUAGUGCAGGGCCUGUGGUUUCGGUUUUGCCCAAGUCCAAAAGAAGAGUAACGAAACUGUAGCAGUAGCAGAGCACUUGCGCGGCGCGGCGACCACGCCGGCCCGUGCGCAGCCUGUCCUGCCCUCAGCCUUGUGAUUCGGCGGCAAGAGGGCGGGUCUGUACACUCCAUCCAUUCCAGGAUUUUUGCAGGCUGCCUGAGAGUUUGCCAUUUUGUGGGACGUGAGCGGCGGGACGGCCGCGCCGGGCUCUCCUACCGCCUCCGGCAACGGAGAAGUGGGAGGCGCUGUAGCCCGGUGACCCCCCAAUGUAGAGGAUGGGAUACAUAAGAGCGUGUGGAAUGGUGGUAAAAGAGGAGGGGCCUGGGUCGCCCCUCGAUGGUUUUGUUGAGGUGCAGACGGCACCGUCGGCGUCAAAGGCCCUCGCAAGGCCCGGGUGCCUUGGGCUCAUUUUUGGUGCCCGUCGAUGAUGAGAGAUUGGCCAGCGGUUUUUUGAGGCUGGCUCGAAGCGAGGGUUUGUGGAAGUGGAGCGAGGAGGGUUGGAGAAAGAGGCGGACAUGCUUGACUGGAGGUACACAAAGUGGAGCGUGCGACGGCACGGAGGCAUUGGCGGACUAUUGACCCAGUAGUGUGGAAAGUAGUUGGACCUGAAUUCUUUGAGAGUACCGCGCAUUAAUCCGUGAGAGAGUAACAAAGAUGGCACC